AACCCGUUUAAAAAAAAAUCAUUUUAUAUAUCCAAAAAGUCAAAUAUAAAAUUUUAAAAGAAAUUUACAAGCACAAUAGGAGUAAUUUUUUGAGGAAACAACAAUACUAAAUUGCUAAUAACAUUGAGAAUUUUUUCUUAAAAAAAAAACAUUGAAAAUUUGAUAUUCAAAUAGUAAUAAUAUAAUAAGCGUCUCUUAAAAAAAAAAAAAUUAAUCUCAUUUCCUCUCACUUCACUUCCCCAUACUUUCCGGUCUUCCACUCUUUCUCUCUCCUCUUUCCGGGUCAUCGCCGAUAACUCUCCGGCGAGUUCUCUUCGCUUCAAUCGUCGGAAAACUCGAAGGCGACGUUAGCUUCAGUUGAUUCUUUCUCUCUCCUCUUUCCGGGUCAUCGCCGAUAACUCUCCGGCGAAUUCUCUUCGCUUCAAUCGUCGGAAAACUCGAAGGCGACGUUAGCUUCAGUUGAUUCUUUCUCUCUCCUCUUUCCGGUCGCGUAUCUCCGAUAAUUCUCCGGCGAACUCUCUUCACUGCUGCAUUUCAUUUCGAUCGUCGGAAAACUCGCCGUAUUCAACAUGGGAAUCUACUCCGAUUGCAUUAUAAAUGUUAAAUCUCUUCCUAAAGAAUACUUCUGUUCUGUGUGUCAACUUCUUGUCUACCCUAGUGAAGCUUUGCAGGCGCCAUGCACUCACCUUUACUGCAAACCUUGUCUGACUUCUGUUAACAACACACAUGCUUGCCCCUAUCAUAAAUGCAUGGUGACUGAAGCCAAUUGCAAGGUGUGAUGCCUUCACUAUUUUAAUUACAGUUGGUUUUCAACUGGUUAUAUAAUUAUAUGGAGGAUAUGUAUAGUGGAUUUGUUUCUUUUUUUGUUACAGCCACUGCUAGAGUCAGACAAGGCUUUGGCUGAUACCAUUGGAAUAUACAAGUCAUUUGCCUCUACAAUAGGGUUGGAUGUACAUGGCAAGGUCCCUUGUCUGAUAGCAUAUUUCAUUGCUCUAAUUGUUCACUUGGGGAGUCACCACGUCUAUGCAACAGAUGUGGUGUUCUGAUUGUACGCCGCCUGAUGCAAGAGCAUCUACAAAGCUGUCAGGAUGGCACAUCCACAGGAGCUGUAGCAGAUCAAACUCAGAUUGCAGCUCAGGCAUCACAAGCUUCUGCUUCGCUUGUUUAUGAUCAAGAUAACCAAACAACUAGUUCAGCUGGGCAACCACAAGCUGCACAAGCUGCCAUGGCAACUGUCGAACAGUGGUAUCAGCAACACCAACAGUACCAGCAGCAAGGAGCAACGCUUAGGAUUAAGAAUUUGAGUUAUAAAGCAAUAUUCCGGGGAUUGAAUGCUAUGCUUAAAACCGCCAUGGACAGGACUGAUUUCCCAGUGGAGUUCACACUUGAAAAUAUAGGUACGAUGCUGUAUCAUCAUCAGUAUCAUGUGUCAGUCAAAGCAGAGAAGCUACGGAGGAGUUACAAAAAAAUUGCAGCAUUGAAGAUAAUGAACAGGUAUAGUAUACGGCAUGCCCACCGCUGGUUGAGGUUGUUAACAGAAAAACAAGCACGCGAUGCCAAAAUACUGCAGAAAACUAAAUUGCUUGUAUCUCGUAUCUGGCUCUUCGCUGAUCGACAGUUGGCUGUAGCUGCAAAGAAGUUGAAUAAAAAUGAUGAACUGGGAGUGAGAAAUCUUGGUGAUUAUUUUGUUGGGAGGCGUUUGAUCAAAAAAUUUAAGUGGAAGGGGAAUAUGAGAUUGUUUUUAGCUAGAAAAGAUGUAGGUGUGGUUCGUGAUAUACUUGAUGAAGCAAUGUUUGAUGAUUUGUUCUCGAGAAUCAAUUUGGUUGGUCUUGAGGCAGAGAGUGAUGAUGGUGCAGAGAGUGAUGCUGGUGCAGAGAGUUUAGACGAUUCACCUAAAUCUAAAUUCGUGUGGGAACCCCCUUCAGACGAGGAACAGUAAUGGUUCUGCAGAGUGCUAUUGGUGAUUGAUGUGGCACAAGGCGAGCGUCUGGCUGGCGAGCCACUGCCUUGAAUUUUUGUUUUGCUAAGUCUUUUAUACAAUAUAGGCUAGUACUUCGUAUAUGUUACUCCGUAUAUGCUCUUAAAAUCAACGCUUCAUUAUUUGGAAUGGAGUGAAUAGUAUAUGUAAAUUGAUAAGCCAUUGUUUGUAUUCCCUACUCUUCUCAAUUACUAGGGUGGCCUAAGUGCAGGACCUAUAUCAUGGUUCAUAAUUUUGAA